AUGGCCUAUCAAGGCGGCGCCAACUCGCCAGGAGGCUAUGGCGACCAUCGUCUGCAAGACUUGCCGUCGAACGGAAGUCAAUAUCACCUGCCGCAGGACGAUGAUGCUUCACGCUCUCUGCUCCAUCAGAAUCAAGGGCCCUUUAGUGGCCCCUUUGACGAUCCCCAUCACCGCAACACCUCUCCAGCCAGACCCGCCUCCCGCUAUAGCUUGACCGAGUCCUAUGCCACCGAUUCUCAGAACAUGAACCAGUACAAUAACCCCAUGUACGGCCAGCACAUGGAGAAUCCCGCCGCCGGCUUCGGGGUUCCCAGUCGAGUGCCCUCGCCCUACAGCCGGAGCGAAACCUCCUCCACAGAGGCCUGGCGCCAGAGACAGGCUCCCCAAGGAAACCUUCGUCGCUAUGCUACCAGGAAAGUUAAGCUUGUCCAGGGCUCCGUUCUGAGCGUCGACUACCCCGUCCCCAGUGCCAUUCAGAAUGCCGUCCAGGCAAAAUACCGAAACGACCUCGAGGGAGGGAGCGAGGAAUUCACCCACAUGAGAUACACCGCGGCGACCUGCGACCCCAACGAGUUCACUCUACAUAACGGCUACAAUCUCCGCCCUGCCAUGUACAACCGUCAUACCGAACUCCUGAUUGCCAUCACGUACUACAAUGAAGACAAGAUGUUGACCUCCCGCACUCUCCAUGGAGUCAUGCAAAACAUCCGCGACAUCGUCAAUAUCAAAAAGUCUGAAUUCUGGAACAAAGGCGGUCCCGCUUGGCAAAAGAUUGUUGUCGCUCUCAUCUUCGAUGGAAUCGACCCUUGUGACAAAGACGUCUUGGACGUUUUGGCAACUAUUGGUGUCUAUCAGGACGGCGUCAUGAAACGAGACGUGGACGGCAAGGAAACCGUGGCCCAUAUUUUCGAAUAUACUACUCAACUAUCUGUCACCGCGAACCAACAACUCAUCCGGCCUCACGAUGACGGCCCGUCAACGCUCCCACCCGUCCAGAUGAUGUUCUGUUUGAAGCAGAAGAACAGCAAGAAGAUCAACUCUCACAGGUGGCUUUUCAAUGCAUUCGGCAGGAUCCUCAACCCCGAAAUUUGCAUUCUUUUGGAUGCAGGUACCAAACCAGGACCCAAAUCCCUGCUCGCGCUCUGGGAGGCCUUUUACAACGACAAAGACCUAGGUGGAUCCUGCGGUGAAAUUCACGCUAUGUUGGGGAAAGGAUGGAAGAAAUUGAUCAACCCCCUUGUCGCUGCCCAGAACUUUGAGUACAAAAUCAGUAACAUCCUCGAUAAACCCUUGGAGAGUUCUUUUGGCUAUGUUAGUGUGCUGCCCGGUGCUUUCUCCGCCUAUCGGUUCCGAGCUAUCAUGGGCCGUCCUCUUGAACAGUAUUUCCACGGUGAUCACACGUUAUCGAAGCAGCUCGGUCCCAAGGGUAUUGAAGGCAUGAACAUCUUCAAGAAAAACAUGUUCUUGGCCGAGGAUCGUAUUCUUUGCUUCGAACUCGUGGCCAAAGCCGGGUCCAAAUGGCAUUUGACCUAUGUCAAAGCAUCAAAGGGUGAAACCGACGUUCCCGAGGGCGCUCCAGAGUUUAUUUCCCAGCGCCGACGUUGGCUUAACGGUUCUUUCGCUGCCAGUAUUUACUCGCUCAUGCAUUUCGGCAGAAUGUACAAGAGCGGGCAUAAUAUCCUUCGCAUGUUCUUUUUCCAUAUCCAGAUGCUUUACAACACAUUUACGGUUUUUCUAACUUGGUUUGCGCUCGCUUCUUACUGGCUCACGACUUCCGUCAUUAUGGAUCUUGUUGGCAACCCUACUCAGGAGGGUCAAAGAGCUUUCCCAUUCGGAAACAAAGCCACCCCUAUCGUCAACACCGUGUUGAAGUAUCUAUACCUCGGUUUUCUGCUGCUACAAUUCAUCCUCGCUCUCGGUAACAGGCCAAAGGGGUCUAAACACUCGUAUAUCACGUCAUUUAUUCUCUUCGGCCUCGUUCAGUUGUACAUUGUAAUUCUAUCGAUGUACCUGGUCGUACGCGCCUUUUCAGGUGACGUAGACUUCGUCGUUGAUAAAGGCGUGGGCGAGUUUUUGAAAUCUUUUUUCAGCUCUGAUGGUGCUGGUAUCAUUAUCAUCGCCCUCGCGGCAACAUUCGGUCUCUAUUUCGUCGCCUCUUUCAUGUACAUGGACCCAUGGCACAUGUUCACCUCCUUCCCGGCCUAUCUGCUGAUUAUGUCUUCAUAUAUCAAUAUUCUCAUGGUCUAUGCAUUCAGCAACUGGCAUGACGUUUCAUGGGGUACCAAGGGAUCAGACAAGGCAGAUGCAUUGCCCUCUGCACAGACCAAGAAGGAAGAUGGCGGCAAGGCCGCGGUCAUUGAGGAGAUCGAUAAACCACAGGCGGAUAUUGAUAGCCAGUUUGAGGCAACCGUGAAGCGCGCUCUCACUCCAUACAUUGAACCCAAAGUUGACGAGAAGAAGUCCCUGGAGGAUUCCUACAAGAGUUUCCGUACCCGGUUGGUUUCUUCAUGGAUAUUUUCCAACGCUUUGCUUGCUGUUGCCAUUACCAGCGACAAUGUGAACAAGUUCGGGUUUUCGUCACAAGCGACAAAGCGAACAGCUCGUUUCUUCCAAGCUCUUUUGUGGGCCACCGCUUUUCUUGCUUUAAUUCGCUUCAUCGGCGCUUGUUGGUUCCUGGGCAAGUCCGGCAUCAUGUGCUGUUUCGCCAGACGAUAG